AUGAAGGCAACCCUAAAGGUCUCAGUGAUCGAAGGACGAGACUUGGCUGCAAAGGAUCGCACUGGAACGUCUGAUCCUUUCGUGUCUAUACGUCUGGUGGACCAAACCUACAAGACGCCAACCGUACACAAGUCUCUGAAUCCUGUAUGGGGAUCAGAUUACACAUUUACACUCACGGAGGCCCAUAGAAAUGCAUCAUUGGUUUUUACUGUCUUUGAUAAGGACCUUACCGGCAAAGACUUUCUUGGGAUGGUGCAAGUCCCAUUGAGCGAUUUGGUGCUUCCUAAUGUAGUGUUGUAUGAUAGCCCUGACACUGGUGUUUGGUAUAAGCUCUGUCCAAGAAAUCCGAAGGACAGCGUAAAGGGUGAUUUGAACUUGAAGAUCGGAUUUGCUGGACCUGUUGAUCCUGAGCUGAUUGCUCAUUUACGGGGCAACAUUCAAAACACUUCUGCCAAUCUUAUUGCCACCGACGAACCAACUGAUGAAGCACCCGAUAAUGUGGAGAACAUAAAGUCAAGUCUUGCAAGUAUGGAUCUUGUAGAUAUGAAUCACAAUGAGCUGGCUGGUUUGCUAAGAGUCGACAUUGUCAGUGCCAAGGAUCUCGUAGCCAAGAGUUGUUUCCCGUUCUGUACAUUAGCUUUUGGAAAGAAGGCUUUCAGAACUCGAGUAUUACGCCAAACUUUGAACCCUGAAUGGAACGAACGAGCCUUUAUUCACUUGAAGAAGCAUGAGAUCGAGUCGAAUUGGAUUCUUCAAUGCAACAUUCACAAUAAUCAUAGUCUUCCAACGGCCGAUAACGAAGUAUUGGGUACAGCACAAGUAUCGAUUCGUGACAUUAUCGACAAGGCCGAGAAACUUGGUGUGAAAAGAGCAGCAAAUCAACCAACAUAUUUUGAACCUGUCGAAUUCGUUCUGCCUUUAAAGGCCCGAGCAGAUGACGAUGGAAGUGCGACGUUGCUGCUCCGGUUCAGUUAUGCUUCAUAUGAAGAUAUCAGACGAAAUUUCUGGAUAAAUCUCGCCACCGUAUAUGAUUCAAACGGCGAUCAACGAUUGAAUCAUACCGAAAUCACAACCAUGUUUGAUUCUCUACGGUCCAGUUUGGGUGGAGAAAGCAUCCAAUUAGCUUUCUUUGGAUCAAUCAAUGAUGAAAGUGUCUCAUUUGAUGAGUUUGCUCGUAAUGCAGAGAAGAAACUCAAAGCCACCUCAGAUAUCAAGAAUAGCGGUAAAGAGAUGAUGGUGGUGCUGGAUAAGUGUAUUAUAUGUGGCAAGAGUUUGGAUAAGAGCUCGGAAAUGGACGUCAUUACACAUGUAGCAUUGUGUGGCUUCGAAGACCCGGGCAAAGUUGACAGAUUCUUGUUAGGCAAUUUUUUAACAGAAUCCAAUGCCAGCAGAAAAUGGUACACGAAGAUAUUAGAGACUGUGGGAUUCGGAGGUUACCAAAGUGGAAGUGAAACCAGCGCCAAUAUCCUAGUCCAGAAUCGUGCUACUGGCCAGCUCGAGGAAGAGAAGAUGCCUGUAUACAUCAGAAUGGGUAUCCGAUUGCUGUAUCAAGAUAGAGCCGGCCGAACAGGAGUGCAAUCCAAAAACAUCAAGGCUCUGUUCAAGAGGUUAUCUUUGCAACAGGGAAAAAAGUUUGACGACCCAGCAUCUACCAAAGAAAUAGCGCCAUUUGUCGCAUUCCACAAUCUGGACGUUAAUGAAAUUCUUGAUCCUCUUGAUUCAUUCAAGACAUUCAACGAAUUCUUUUCAAGGAAGCUGAAGAAGGAAUGUAGAACUUUGGCGUCUUCAGACCCAAAAGUUGCAGUCUCUGGUUGUGACUGUCGAGUUGCAGCCUUCCAAACUGUUGCUGACGCUCAAAAACUAUGGAUCAAGGGACGCAACUUCACUAUAAAGUCACUUCUCGGUCCUGGCGCUCCUUCUGGAUUUGAUGACGCUUCAGUUCUCAUAUUCAGACUCAGCCCGCAAGACUAUCAUAGAUUCCAUUCGCCAGUAGAUGGCAAAGUCACGUAUAUAUCACCAAACUUGGGUGAAACAUAUUUUACAGUGAAUCCCAUGGCCAUUAGGUCUUCAAUUGAUGUAUAUACCGAAAACGUAAGGCGAGUUAUUUAUAUCGAAAGUCCUGACUUUGGCCUGGUGGCUGUUGUGAAUGUUGGAGCCAUGCUAGUAGGCAGUGUCAUUAUCACUGCAACAGUCGGAGCGACGAUUUCGAGGAUGGAUGAACUUGGGUACUACCAAUUUGGAGGCAGCACAACAAUCGUGCUCUUCCAAAAGGAUCGAAUAUUGAUAGACAAGGAUUUGGUAGGAAACUCUGACGAAGGACUAGAAACGCUAGUUCGAAUGGGCAACAGGAUCGGAAUAAGCAAAUAA